CUACGUUUUUCUUUUGUUUCCUUUCCACUCGCAUAUUACAACCUUUCCUUUUCCUUUCUUUUCAGUUCAAAAUUCGUUGAAAUCAAAAUAAUUUAUAGCUACUGAGUCAGAGAGAGAGAGAGAGAGAGAGAGAGAGAGAGAGAGUGGACCGAGUUCGUUCGACUCGGUAAAGGUUUUGAUACGGCGUCGUAUCGUGGCGUAGGCCAUGGCUAGGGUUAACAGGAACUGGGAGAGGUUGGUGCGCGCGACGCUGAGGAGAGAGCAUCUGAGGAGUUCUGGUCCAGGCCAUGAGAGAACGCCGAGCGGGAUCGCCGGUGCGAUCCCGCCGUCGCUCGAGCGAGCCACCAACAUCGACGCGAUCUUGCAUGCCGCCGAUGAGAUCCAAUCUGAAAACCCCAACGUCGCAAGGAUUCUGUGUGAGCAGGCAUAUUCCAUGGCGCAAGACCUGGAUCCCAAUAGUGAUGGUAGAGGUGUUCUUCAGUUCAAGACUGGUUUGAUGUCUGUAAUAAAGCAAAAACUUGCAAAAAGGGAUGGGGGCCGAAUUGAUCGUAAUCGUGAUGUUGAACACCUGUGGGAAUUUUACCAACAAUACAAGAGACGGUAUAGAGUGGAUGAUAUCCAAAGAGAGGAACAGAAAUUGCUGGAAACUGGAGCCCUUAGUGUUAACAUUGGAGAAUCUUUAGAAAUGAGAAAGGUAAUUGCUACCUUGAGGGCCUUGGUUGAGGUCAUGGAGGCACUUAGCAAAGAUGCAGAUCCUGGAGUUGGAAGACUUAUAAUUGAGGAGUUGCGAAGAAUCAAAAGGUCUGAUGGCACAUUAUCUGCGGAACUCACGCCCUACAAUAUUGUUCCUCUGGAAGCACCGUCAUUGACCAAUGCCAUUAGAGUUUUUCCAGAAGUCAAGGGAGCGAUAUCUGCAAUUAGAUAUACUGAACAAUUUCCCAGACUUCCUGCUGAUUUUGAGAUUUCUGGACAAAGGGAUGCAGAUUUGUUUGAUCUCCUGGAAUUUGUGUUUGGUUUUCAGAAAGAUAAUGUAAGGAACCAGCGUGAGAAUGUUGUUCUUACAAUAGCAAAUGCACAGACUCGACUUGGCAUACCUGUAGAGGCUGAUCCGAAAAUAGAUGAGAAGGCAAUAAAUGAGGUUUUCUUGAAAGUGCUUGAUAAUUAUAUCAAGUGGUGCAAGUACUUGCGCGUACGCUAUGUUUGGAACAGUUUAGAAGCAAUUAAUAGGGACAGGAAGCUUUUUCUGGUUUCAUUGUACUUUCUUAUAUGGGGAGAAGCUGCAAAUGUCCGUUUCCUUCCUGAAUGCAUUUGCUAUAUAUUCCACCAUAUGGCAAAAGAAUUGGAUGCAAUAUUGGAUCAUGGAGAAGCUAAUCGUGCUGCCAGCUGUAUAACUGAAAGUGGUUCUGUGUCCUUUCUUGAGAAAAUCAUUUUCCCUAUAUAUGAGACGUUGGCAGCGGAAGCUGCUAGAAAUAAUAAUGGGAAAGCUGCACAUUCAGCAUGGAGGAAUUAUGAUGACUUCAAUGAAUAUUUUUGGUCAAAAGCUUGCUUCGAGCUAAACUGGCCGAUGAGGAGUGGGUCAUCGUUCUUGUUGAAGCCUAGUAAGAGGAAAAGGACUGGUAAAAGCACCUUUGUUGAGCAUAGGACGUAUCUUCACUUAUAUCGAAGCUUUCAUCGUCUUUGGAUCUUUUUGGCUUUAAUGUUCCAGGCUUUGACAAUUAUAGCCUUCAAUGGAAUUGGUAAGGGCCAUGGGGAUACUUUUAAGCUAAUACUUAGCAUUGGGCCGACAUUUGCAAUCAUGAAAUUUAUAGAGAGUUGUUUAGAUGUCUUGCUUAUGUUUGGGGCUUACAAAACAGCAAGAGCCAUGGCUAUCUCAAGGCUGGUUAUUAGGUUUCUCUGGGGUGGCUUGAGCUCUGUAUUUGUAACAUAUGUUUACGUGAAAGUUCUGCAGGAAAGAAAUGACCGUAACUCAAAUGAUUUCUAUUUCCGGAUUUACAUUCUUGUAGUGGGUGUCUAUGCAGCUUUACGCCUAUUCCUUGGACUUAUAGUUAAAGUUCCAGCAUGUCAUUCACUGUCUGCAAUGUCUGAUCAGCCAUUCUUUCAAUUUUUUAAGUGGAUUUAUCAGGAGAGGUACUAUGUUGGACGUGGUCUUUUUGAGAGGAUGAGUGAUUAUUGCAGAUAUGUGGCCUUUUGGUUGGUGAUCUUUAUAUGCAAAUUCACAUUUGCUUACUUCCUACAGAUCAAACCUCUUGUGAAACCCACCAGACUUAUUAGGACCCUUCAAAAUUUGGCAUACUCAUGGCACGAUUUAAUCUCAAAGAAUAAUAAUAAUGUAUUGACUAUAGCUAGUCUGUGGGCUCCUGUUGUGGCCAUCUAUCUAAUGGACAUUCACAUCUGGUACACUCUUUUAUCAGCUGUUGUUGGUGGUAUCAAGGGUGCACGAGCUCGGUUAGGCGAGAUACGUUCAAUUGAAAUGGUGCAUAAACGUUUUGAGAGCUUCCCUGAAGCACUUGUCAAAAAUCUUGUCUCAUCACAAGCCAAAGCCAGAAGGAUGCCCUUUAACAGUGAAGCACCUCAGGCAUCUCAGGAUAUGAACAAGGCAUAUGCAGCCUUAUUUUCUCCAUUUUGGAAUGAGAUAAUCAAAAGCUUGCGUGAGGAGGAUUUUAUUAGUAACAGGGAGAAGGACUUGCUUUCUAUUCCUAGCAACACAGGAAGUUUAAGACUAGUCCAAUGGCCUUUGUUUCUUCUCAGCAGUAAGAUCUUGUUGGCAAUAGACUUGGCCUUGGACUGCAAAGACACACAGGCAGAUCUUUGGAAUAGAAUAUGUAGGGACGAAUACAUGGCCUACGCAGUUCAAGAGUGUUAUUUUAGUAUUGAAAAAAUUUUAUAUUCCCUGGUUGAUGGUGAAGGAAGACUUUGGGUUGAGAGGAUUUUCCGUGAGAUCAACAACAGUAUUUCAGAGGGUUCACUUGUCAUAACCUUAUCUCUUAAGCAGCUGCCAGUGGUGCUUUCAAGAUUUACGGCGCUGACUGGGCUCCUGAAAAAGGAAAAUCCUGAACUUGCAAGGGGUGCUGCAAAAGCUCUUUAUGACCUUUAUGAAGUUGUUACGCAUGAGUUGUUGUCACCUGAUUUAAGGGAGCAGCUUGAUACAUGGAACAUUUUGGCAAGAGCAAGAAAUGAAGGGAGACUCUUUUCUAGGAUUAAAUGGCCUGAGGACCCUGAAAUUAAGGAGCAAGUGAGGCGGUUGCACCUUCUUCUCACUGUAAAAGAUUCUGCAGAUAAUGUUCCAAAGAAUCUUGAAGCAAGAAGAAGAUUGGAAUUCUUUACUAAUUCAUUAUUCAUGGAUAUGCCUUCCGCAAAGCCAGUUAGUGAAAUGAUGCCCUUCAGUGUCUUCACCCCAUAUUACAGUGAGACAGUGCUGUACUCUAACUCUGAAUUGCGGGUUGAAAAUGAGGAUGGAAUAUCUGUUCUUUUCUAUCUUCAGAAGAUUUUUCCAGAUGAAUGGGACAAUUUUUUGGAACGGAUUGACCGUGCGGAAGCUACUAGAGAUGCAGAACUUCAAGACAAUUCAACUGAUUCUUUGGAGCUGCGGUUUUGGGCAUCUUACCGAGGGCAGACUCUAGCCAGGACUGUGCGUGGUAUGAUGUACUAUAGAAGGGCUUUAAUGCUGCAGAGUUAUCUUGAAGGGAGAUCUCUGGGAGGUAUUUGCUUCAUAGCUUUUUUAAUUUCAUCAAUUUCUUAUUUUCGGGAAUGUCACAGAUAUAUUCUCACAUUUUACCUUGAAUCUAUAGUAGAUGGUUAUUCUCAAACGAACCUCCCCACAACCCAAGGUUUUGAGUUGUCUCGUGAAUCAAGGGCACAAGCAGAUUUGAAGUUUACUUACGUUGUGUCAUGCCAAAUUUAUGGUCAACAAAAGCAAAAAAAGUCACCAGAGGCCGCUGAUAUUGCUCUUUUGUUACAGAGGAAUGAGGCACUCCGAGUUGCUUUCAUUCAUGUAGAGGAGAGCGGUGCAGCAGAAGGAAAGGUUUUAAAGGAAUUCUAUUCAAAGCUUGUCAAAGCUGAUAUACAUGGAAAAGAUCAGGAAAUAUAUUCCAUUAAACUACCUGGUGAUCCAAAGCUUGGAGAAGGGAAGCCUGAAAACCAAAACCAUGCUAUUAUCUUCACUCGUGGGGAAGCUGUUCAAACCAUCGACAUGAAUCAGGACAAUUACCUUGAGGAGGCAAUGAAAAUGAGAAAUCUACUCGAGGAGUUUCGCGGUAAUCAUGGUAUUCGACCGCCAACUAUUCUUGGUGUAAGGGAGCAUGUUUUUACGGGAAGUGUCUCAUCAUUAGCUUGGUUCAUGUCCAAUCAAGAGACUAGCUUUGUAACCUUGGGCCAGCGUGUUUUAGCAAGUCCACUCAAAGUCCGCAUGCAUUAUGGACAUCCAGAUGUGUUUGAUCGAAUAUUUCAUGUCACUCGCGGAGGCAUCAGUAAGGCAUCACGUGUUAUUAACAUUAGUGAGGAUAUAUAUGCAGGGUUUAACUCCACAUUGCGGCAGGGUAACAUAACACAUCACGAGUAUAUUCAGGUUGGAAAGGGAAGGGAUGUUGGAUUAAACCAGAUUGCCCUAUUUGAAGGGAAAGUGGCAGGUGGAAAUGGAGAACAAGUCCUUAGCAGGGAUAUAUACAGGCUCGGACAAUUGUUUGAUUUCUUUAGAAUGCUGUCAUUCUUUUUCACAACUGUUGGUUACUAUGUGUGUACAAUGAUGACAGUCCUUACAAUAUACAUAUUUUUGUAUGGAAGAGCUUACCUGGCUUUCUCUGGACUUGAUGAAGCAAUCUCUAAGGAAGCGAAAAUUACGGGUAACUCAGCCCUAGAUGCAGCUCUGAAUGCUCAGUUCUUGGUCCAGAUUGGAAUCUUUACUGCAGUGCCAAUGAUAAUGGGUUUCAUACUUGAACUGGGAUUGUUGAAGGCUGUUUUCAGUUUUAUUACAAUGCAACUUCAGCUGUGUUCUGUCUUCUUCACAUUCUCAUUAGGAACAAGAACUCAUUAUUUUGGACGAACCAUCCUCCAUGGAGGUGCAAAAUACCGAGCAACUGGUAGAGGCUUUGUUGUCCGUCACAUCAAGUUUGCUGAUAAUUACAGGCUUUAUUCAAGAAGUCAUUUCACCAAAGCGCUUGAGGUGGCACUGCUUCUUAUAGUUUACAUUGCAUAUGGGUAUACGGAUGGAGGUGCUGUUUCAUUUGUUUUGCUCACCAUGAGCAGUUGGUUCCUUGUCCUCUCGUGGCUCUUUGCUCCUUAUAUCUUCAAUCCCUCUGGUUUUGAGUGGCAAAAGACUGUGGAGGAUUUUGAUGAUUGGACUAGUUGGCUUAUGUACAAAGGUGGAGUAGGUGUGAAGGGAGAAGAUAGCUGGGAAUCUUGGUGGGAUGAAGAACAGAUGCAUAUACAAACACUCAGAGGUCGUAUAUUGGAAACAAUUUUGAGUGCGAGGUUCUUCUUGUUCCAAUAUGGCGUAGUAUAUAAAUUGCAUCUCACAGGAAAUGAUACAUCGCUUGCGGUUUAUGGAUUCUCCUGGGUUGUAUUGGUUGCCAUUGUCAUGAUAUUCAAGGUCUUCUCAUACAGCCCAAAAAAAUCAAGCAACUUCCAGCUACUGAUGCGAUUUAUACAAGGAGUCACAUCCAUAGUGCUUGUUGCAGCUGUCUCCCUUGUUGUUAUCUUUACUGAUCUGUCAAUACCAGAUCUGUUUGCAUGCAUCCUUGUAUAUAUUCCCACCGGAUGGGGCAUAAUAUGUCUGGCAAUCGCUUGGAAGAGGCUGCUCUGGCUCUUAGGCGUGUGGGAUUCUGUGCGCGAAUUUGCACGGAUGUAUGAUGCUGGGAUGGGCAUGCUCAUAUUUGCCCCAAUUGCCAUCUUAUCCUGGUUCCCAUUCGUUUCCACGUUCCAAUCUCGUCUGCUCUUCAAUCAAGCUUUUAGCCGUGGGCUGGAGAUCUCUCUCAUCCUUGCUGGAAACAAGGCCAAUGUUGAGAAAUAGUAGGAUCUGAGAUUGUAUAUUUGAUAUGGCCAUUCUCUGUAUAAUAUUGCCCUUCAAAUCAAAAUAUAUCUAUUACUAUAUACAAUAGCAGAAGUUGAGAGAAUGUAAAUCUAACGGUUUUGUUUUGUGGAAUUCUGAAUCAACGUAACCUUUAUUCCCAAAAGACACUGCCUAAAAGUCUUUUAGCCC